AUGAAAGAAGGAAAUCUGUUUGUUUGGUGUUUACUUUUUCUGUCGAUGUCGUCCACCGCUUUCGCUAAGGUAAGAUAAAUCAGCGCACAGAAUUGACUUUUCUUAAACUAUGCAAAAAAGAGCGAAGAGCGAAUCUGAUUGAAACACGGUUUAAGUUGUCGAGUCUGUUAGUCGUAAAGGCUUACAAUACGUAGCAGCGAGAUUUUUCCAUGCAUCAGCGUAAGUGGAAACGAAAAUUUCAGAUUUGAAAUACCUUUUAGAUUAGGACUACGUGUUGACCUUUAAUUUUCUUAAAUUCAUAUUUUUAAAAGAGAGUUUGAAAACACAGCUUCCAAAUUAUAAUUAGCACUCCUGUCUUCCGCUCAAAGAACGACAUUGGGUCAAUCAAGUCUGUCCACGAAAGGAUUUUUUACAAAACGCACAUCUAUUCUGCUAAUGUCACUUCUCCAAGAGAGAACAAGGGAGAGUGAUGACUCCAAGAAUCUAUAAAAGGCAGAUGAUUGGCUGAGCUUCUUCUAUACUUAAUGUCAAUCAUUUAUUACUGACCUGAACCCAAAUUUUGCUAAAAAAAAAAAAGGUUAAAGUGAAUAUACUAUUAUUUUUGAACAUUUAUGUAACACAGAACUCAAACACGUGCUUGCAGGGAUCCCCUGGCCUCCCCGGACGUAACGGAGUAAAUGGAUACAACGGGUCACCAGGCCGCGACGGCCGAGAUGGUGUUAAAGGUGAAAAGGGUGUGGCAGGCGCCCCUGGAUCACGUGGUGCGAAGGGAGAAAUGGGAGCAAGUGGAACAGAUACUGAUCACCGGAACUGGAAACAGUGCGCGUGGAAGAACAACGACAACCGUGACAUUGGACUGAUCAAGGCUUGUUAAUUUAUCUGUGAUCAAAGCUAUAGUUUAGUUAGCAUAACAAAUACUCGUCAUAUGAAAAUAUCAUCCCAGCCACUGUGCUUCCCCUGCCUUUUUAGACUUCUUAAUUAUUGUUGAACGUUGUCCAUGCAGUGUUAUAUCCGCACAGGAUAAAAUAAAGUUAUUUAAACGAAAUGUAGGGUGUAUGAUGGGCUCCUGAUAAUGACAAUUUCUUCCCUGAAAAUAAUUGUUCAGAACUAAUUUGUUGUUGCAGGAUUGUCAGUUCGCUAAAACCAAGGAUGAUACUGCCAUCCGUGUUGUUUACCAGGGAAACUUCUAUUUGGGAGGGUGUGGCGGCUGCUGCAAGAGAUGGUUCAUCACUUUCAAUGGAGCCGAGUGCAGUGGUCCCCUGCCUAUUGACGCAGUGCUGUGGAUCCGAAAUAAAGACGAAGACAACCACAGACCCGGGUUCAUUGAGGGCUACUGUAACAACAUACACAAGGGCAAAAUCCGAGUUGGAAUCAACAUUGGAAAUUGUGCAGGAUAUGGAAACUCCAAUGGUUACACAGGCUGGAAUUCAGUUUCCCGUUUGAUCAUUGAAGAAGUUCCUCGGUCCCAGUAACAAGUGAAAAGCGUCACGUGAUUAUUAAUGACGUAAUUAAGGGCUCUAAUAACAUUUUCAUGUAAAGCAGUUCAGCUUUGAAACCACAAUAAACGCUGCACGUGACUACUGAUGUAUGAACAUGUCAUUUUU